AUGGCAGAGGCUGCGACCCAGGACUGGGACAACACGCCCAAGACCCAGGGCUGCUACAAGAUCAUCCAGAGCCUGGAGGCCGCUAUUGAACAGUUCCAGUUCAACCCCAGACUUAACAUUUCAGAUGACUUAAGGAUUGGCUUUUUUACCUCAGACCAUGCUUCCCAAACGGAUUCUAGUGAAAUUUUGCAACUAAAAGAGUUGACUUCAUCUACAGAAAAGUUAUUACAGAUGAUUACAUCUCUUCACGUGGAUUUUGCAUUCCUCAAGGAAUUGCUUCAACUGAAGUUUGAGGACCGUCUUAAAGAGGAGUCUUUGAAUAUCUUCACUACUCUAUACGACAGGAUCCUAGGGAUAGAAAAACAUUACCAAGAGAAUGAAGAUAACAUGAGAAAAUCCUUUCAACAGCAGCUAACUGAUGCCAUAGCUGUUAUCAAAGGAAUGUACCAGCAAUAUUUUGAUAUAGAAGAAGAAAAAGCUGCUUUGCAAGAUGCAACAAAUAUCAAAUUGGGUAUUUUGUCAAGAAAACUGAAAGAGAAAGAAGAAACUUUUAAGGUCUUAAGAGAGGAAAUCGAGCAAUAUGAAGAACUCGGAUUUCAAAAAAUUGACUCUUUUAUUAAAAAAGAGCCCAGCUCUCCAAAAGUAGUCUUCGAGAAGGAUCAUGUGGAUUACAAACCGGAAAAUGAGAAACUGCUCCAAAUCAUUGCAGAACUGGAGGAAGAAAUCCAACUCAGUAUAAAAGAAAAUUCAUUAUUAGAAGAUGAAAUUAUAAAUCUGAAAGAGACUUCAGAACAAGAUCAGAGAACUAUUCAAAAGUUAAUGGGUGGUAGAGACAGAUUAAUAUAUGAACUUGAUUGUGAAAAAGCACUGGUUCAAGAUCUGAUUAAUAAACAGAAAGAAGACAUGGAAAUAAGAAAAAAGCUUGAAGUCAUAAGUAUCAGGAGGAGCCUGAGAGCAGUCAAGGUGAAAGAUACUGCUUUGUCCCCAUGGCCUUCACGGUCCAGAGCUCUAUCCAGCAGCUUGACACCGGUGCAGCCCCGUUCUGCUUCCAUCAGUACAUCACCUAUUAGGGUUAAGAAAGCCAAGCCUCCAAAGAAGACUGCAAAGGAAGAGAGUGCUAUGCCAUCCCCACUGCCACCAUAUCCACCACCACCACCACGGCUACCACCAAAGCCACCUCGACCAUUGAAGUUUCCUCCCCGACCAAAAUUGUCAUUGCCACCAACUCCACCUCCACGACCACCACCAAAGUUUCCAGAACCACUUCGACCUCUUUGGCUAGAUGAAGCACUAGCCAUCUCUUGUUUCAACAGGGCUUUCCUUACUUCGCAGCUGUGGCCAUUCACAGCUUUCCUUGACAGAGUCAACCCCACCAAGAAGGGUAACAGCCCUUCCAGCUUUGAGGGUCACCAAGCCUUCUCAGAGAAGGUUAAAGAUAAAGCACCUGUUUUGGUGUCUGAAGGAAAGAAGUUGCAAACAUUGCCUAAGGAAGAAGAUAAAAUCAAGAGAGAUCUGGAGUUACAAGUAGAAGGAUUAAAGGCUACCCUAGAAACUGAGAAAAAGAAGUUAGAAAGAUUUAGAAAGGAAGCAGACCGGAUAAACAGAAACUGGGAGAGGAAAUUCCUCAUCCUCAGGAACAGCUUUCACGUCCUUAAGGAUGAGAUGUUUACAAGACACACGCUGUUUCACCAGUUUGCGCUGCUUGCUGAUACAUCCUUUAACUAUGUUAAAUCAAAACCCUUAUUCAUACAGUCUAAAAAGACCAGCACAGACUCUAUAUCUUCCUCUGGGAUGGACAACAAGUUAUUGGAGAUAGUCAGCGACCAGGUUACCCUAACACCAAAAGGAAUUUAG